AAAAAAACGGCACCUGUUUUAUUUUGGUCAGUUUCUUUAUUGUUAUUUUACAUACAUUUUAUUUAUAUUUAAUCGCUCCGAAAUAAAAUGCAAACAAAGCUGAGUUCAGAGCUGAGUCCUGAAAAUGGAGAGCAGGUUGAAGAAACCGCGGGACAAGUGCCUCAGUCCGAAGAACAAAACUGUUUUAAAAACGGCUCCAUGACAGAAGCUCAGACAACACCGAAUGUUCGAGAAAACAUCCCUGUAGACAUCAGGAUGACUCAAACAGGUCCCAGAAUUACCGCAAAGUUCUUAAGAGACCACUGCAAGCAACACAAGCUGUACCAGACCCCGAGGUUAAACGACACACUUUACCUUCACUACAAAGGUUUCUCAGUAAUCGAGGGUCUCGAGGAAUACACAGGACUGCGCUGUCUCUGGCUCGAGUGCAACGGGAUCAAGAAGAUCGAGAACCUGCAGAAUCAGACAGACCUGCGCUGCCUUUUUAUUCAUCAGAACCUCAUUCACACACUUGAGAACCUGGAACCACUCGCCAGACUUAACACACUCAACGUGUCUAACAACUACAUCAAGAUCAUCCAGAACAUUUCCUGCCUGAGGGAGCUGUCCACACUCCAGAUUUCCCAUAAUGCCCUAGAGAGCGUGAGCGAUGUGCAGGAGCUGUGUCACUGUCCCUCCAUCAGUAUUCUGGACCUCUCACAUAACCGCCUCAACGACCCAGAGAUUAUCACUGUGCUGGAGAAGAUGCCCAAUCUGAGAGUGCUAAACCUCAUGGGUAACGAGGUCAUCAAGAAAAUUCCAAACUACAGGAAGUUGCUAAUUAUUCGUCUAAAAGAGCUCACAUACCUGGAUGACCGCCCUGUGUUUCCUAGAGAUCGGGCUUGUGCAGAGGCUUGGCAUGUCGGAGGUUUGGAAGCAGAACGUAAAGAAAGGGAAUUAUGGCAAGCAAGAGAAAGGAAGAAGAUUGAGGACAGUCUGAAUGCCCUGAGACUUAUCAGAGAAAAUGCACUGAAGCGAAAACAAGCUCAGGAUGAAAGUGGUGUGUGUCCUUACACAUACAUUUUUACUCUAUUUUUUUACAUUUAUUAUUACAAUCUGAUUUAUAUACUUAUUACAUUUACAAUCCGCCCUUUAGGAAUCUCUGAGCCUGUAGAAGAUCAGUGCAUGUCUGAUGAAGACCUCGAGAAAACUGAGCAAGAGCAAGACUAUGAGCGAGAGUCAGGAGUACUGAAGAAGGAGGAGGAGGCAGUCCAGAUUGCAGCAGAGACGCUCCGCUCAGACCCCGAGAUGAAGCCGGUUCUGUCCUCAGCUUCAGAGCAGCUACAAAAUGACGUAUCAUCAGAGAGGAAUCAGAAGAACAAACAUGAAGCACCAUCAUGGUCUGAAGCUGAAGUUCUGCUCUCAGUCUCUGACACGGAGGGUCCUGUCACUGAACUCAUCCCAGAGAAUGAAGUGGAGACCAUCAGCCUGUCAGGUUUUCCAUCACUCACCAUCAAUGAUCUUCCUGAUCUGGAUGAUCUGGACAACGUUAACACAAAAGCAGCACCUCAGGUGUUCCGUCCAAUUAUUGAAGUCAUCUCAGGUAGUGAGAGUGACUCAGAACCGGAAGAAGUGGCUCCUGAUUUAGUCCUCUUCAGUAAUGUUUCUACCAAAAAUGCAUCCAUUAGAGAUCAGAGUCUGAUUUUUACUAUUCAGGGAGCAGCAGCGAUGGAGACCAAAGCAGACGAUGGGCAAAGCAUGACAGUGGAAAAGGAAGAAAGAAAAUGCCUGAUUGAGGAGCUGGACUGAUGUUUAGUUAGUGAUAGAUAGAUAGAUAGAUAGAUAGAUAGGUUUGUUUUAGGUAAUGAACUAAAGUAUUACUUGAGUUUUAAGAUUUAAAUGUGUUAUAUAUGAAUUAAAUGCACAUGACCGAUAAAUAAGUAUUUGUUUAUGACAUAUCACUAU